AUGAUGUUGCGCUGCAGGACACGUUCUCUUCUCAAGACAAUCUCCAGGCCUGAAGCACCCUCAUUUCCGACUGCUGGUCGCCUCCAGUCCACCCUUGCAAGAAUACACCGAACCCCAAGGCUUGCGUAUCCCAAAUCCACCUCUUAUCGCCACCCUCCCCUUCUCCUUUCUACACUAUUCGUCCCUCCAUUACAUCCUCGCCUCAGCGCCGGAUUCCACUCGACGCCUCGGAACCAAGGACUACCUCUCAUACCCCUACUAGCUUCUAUCUUCAAGGCCUCGGCAGGGCUAGAGAUUGUCCGCACUGCCAGUCGGAUAGCAUUGACAUUUAUCCCCUGGCUUUUGUUCAAAAAACACAAGUCGAAACGAGUAAUCAAAUAUGCCGCCAUUCACGGUGUUCCCGCGUCGGAGGAGACUAAGCAGAAGCACUUGAAGAAGAUCCGAGUUAGCACCAAGUUGCUGCAGCUUCUGCUGGCUGUACCUUUUCUGCUCUUCUGGUCGACUGUGAUAGCGAGCUUGGAACGGACGCCAUUGACUGGAAGAUGGCGGAUGAUUCUACUAUCACCGGAGGAAGAAGACGAAAUCGCGUCCCAUUUAGCUGGCCCUGGAUGGUACAAGUCGGUCGGUGACAUCCUAGCAGAAGAAGGCUCUCCGAGGAUCAUCCCAAGUAGCGAUUGGAGGUAUGAAUGGGUGCAAGAUACACUUCGCCAACUGGAGGCCAGCAUUCCUGUCCUUUCUCGUGAACCCGAGCUGUGUCCUAACUGGAUGCAAAACGGCCCAGAAACACAGCCGCUUCCCCCACCUGCAGAUUUCCCCCUUCGUCCGCGACCUCGAGGUUCCGAGUACCUUCGAUGGUUCUGCGAGAGCCUAACCAACAAGCAUUGUUCAAAAAUUCCCGGGGGUCCAAUACCAGGCCCUCCAUACUCUCUUCUCGUGGUCGAGAAACCUGACUCGUCCAAUGCAUUCUCAUAUGGAUUCGGACCCAACGGUGGCAGCGGCGUCGUUGUUUAUAGUGGCUUUUUGGACGACAUUUUCUCAAGGAUGCCACUACAAUGGGAAGCCCCGGAGCAAGCCCCACCCUCCCUAUGGUCGAGGCUUUUCGGUGGACUCUUUUCCAAACCAGCUCCAUUGCACCCUGCGCCUACUCCUGAGCAGACCACGGAGCUUGCCAUUCUGCUUGCACACGAGAUGGCACACCUCAUCCUUGCACACCACUUGGAGAGUUUGUCAUCCGUUAAUGUCAUCGUGCCUGGCACACUCUCCAUCGUGUCCGACGUCAUCCGAGUCCUCAUAUUUCCGAUUACAAUGCUCUUUGGGCCGUUUGUCAACGACGCAGUGGCACAGCUGGGCAAAGUUGGGUCUGGAGAACUCGUCAAGAUCUCGGAGUACUGCACAAGUGCGAAACAGGAGAUCGAAGCAGACGUGGUUUCCGCGAGGAUACUUGCCCAUGCAGGUUUUGAUGCGCGAGAUGCUGUUCGAUUUUGGGAAAACCGGUCUGGCGCUGACGGCGAAUGUGCGAGGCACGGACAGCACGGGCAACCUGAAGAAUCUACUAAUGGACCAAUGACUGUUGCAAGGCAAAUCAUGAGCUCAACGCAUCCCAUCAAUCAGAUUCGGGUCGACAAUCUCAAACAAGAACUCGCUCGGUGGGAGAAGGAGCGGCGGAGAGCACUGUCAGCUUUUCAGUCUUAG